UCCAAAAAAAUUAGCGCAAGCGCGACGCGGUCUCUUUACAAUCUUGAUACUGCGAGCUCCUAGUCUUCGCCAAGCUUUCAAGCACUAACCAUGCAGAAAUCCGGAAAAGACAGCGAGUACGAGAGACACGUCAACCUGAGCAUCCAAUGGAACCGUUGGCUGCUGAAGCCGAUCGGUAUAUGGCCUCAUAGCGACAUGUCGCGAACCAAGAAGCUGUAUGACUGGUUCACGUACGUCGUUUGCUACGGUUUGAUCAGCUUCCUGUUCGUUCCGUGCAGCAUGUACGUGUUCCUCGAGGUAGAGGACCUGUACAACAAGAUCAAACUCUUCGGACCUCUAAUCUUCUUUCUGAUGGCGUUCGCGAAAUAUUACCUGUUGAUCUACCACGGAAACGACAUCCGCGAGUGCAUCGAGCGCAUCAAAUGGGACUGGAAGAACAUCACGUACCAUGAUGACAAAAAUAUCAUGCUGGAGAACGCGAAUUUUGGGAGGAGAUUGGUGACCGUCUGCACCUUCUUCAUGUACAGCGGUUUCGCGUCCUAUUAUAUCAUCAUACCGAUCACCAUCGGCAAAGUCAAAUCCGAGGAUGGAAAUCUGACCUUCAUACCACUGGCGUUUCCCUUUUCGAGUCUGAUAGUCGACACACGGUAUAGUCCGACCAAUGAGAUCAUAUUUUCGGUUCAGUUGAUAGCUGGAGCUUUGAUGCACGGAAUUACGUCGGCUGCUUGCGGUUUGGGGGCCAUGCUUGCUGUUCAUGCUUGCGGGCAGAUGCAGGUUUUGAUGAACUGGCUGAAACAUUUGAACGAUGGGAGGUCAGAUAUGGGGGAGAGUGUGGACGACAGGAUUGCUUGCAUCGUGAGUCAACAUGUUCGAAUUUUGAAAUAUUUGACUCAUACCGAAAGAACCCUCCAACUAAUAUCAUUCGCUGAGUUCUUAGGAUGUACAGUGGAUAUAUGUCUCCUGGGAUAUUACGUUAUAAUGGAAUCGAAAUCGAACGAUAUAACAAAUACAGUAACUUAUGCCAUUUUGCUUACGUCCCUUACGUUUAAUAUAUUUAUAUUUUGUUACAUAGGAGAACUUGUUGCUGAGCAGUGCAAGAAAAUUGGUGAAAUGACGUAUAUGACUGAAUGGUACCGAUUGCCUGGAAACAAAAAACUCUACUGCAUAAUGAUAAUUGCGAUGUCUAAUUCGUCCAUGAAAUUGACAGCAGGAAGUAUGGUCGAGUUAUCUAUUGAGACAUUCACCAACGUCGUUAAAACAGCAUUUGCAUUUUUGAAUGUGCUACGUACGAUGACGUAAGUCUUACCUGAAGUGCAAUAUCAUUUGCAACAAAUGUGUUCGUACUUUAAAACUUGUUU